ACACACACACACACACACACUGCUGCGGAGACAUGACAGGGAAUUAGGGAAUUAGAGAAGCGAGGACCAUUACAGCCGCGGAGGGAGAGCUCCGUCCUUUGGAUUAAAAGCGCUUUUAUCGCCCGGGACUUCAGGAAACUGAACAUAAAGCUCUCUAGAGAGGGUCCGGGGGAGAGAGGGAGACUUUGGAGUGGGAGCAUGUCCUCGGGAGCGCUGUAGUUUAUUCCGGGCUGCUGUAGUUUACCUUUCUGAUGUCUGUUGCAACAAUGCGCGUAGAGACGCUUCACUUCAGGGACUAGUUUGAGGGUUUUAAUCAGAUCUGAAUUAUGCUGAGCUCCGAAGGCCUGAGGCCGGCUCCGUCUGGCAGGAAGCCGCUGGGGAAGCUCUCCUCCCGGCUGGAGGAGGUGAAGAACCCGUGGAGACAGAUCUCCUCUCUGGAGCUCAGCCACAACGAGGCCGCGCGCCUGGCCACGGACGCGCUCCUGGAGCAAGGGGAGCACGAGUACCGGAGGGUUCUGAACGAGGAGCGCGAGGUGAGCUUUCUGUCCCAGCAGGAGGUCCAGUACAUCACCCAGUACUCUGCUGCUGCCAGCAAGACGUCCUGCGGGUCAGACAGCUCCAAUGACAGGGACUUCGAGGAGGACGUGUCGGAGCUCACCUCCGGGACUUACUUCCCCAUGAUGUCCGACGAGGAGCCGCCGAUGCUGGAACUCGGCUGGCCGGAGACCCCCAACAGGUUCGGUCCGUCCGAGACCCAGAUCUACUUCCAGAGGGACAAGACCCACAACGUGAAGGACCUGAUCCGGUCCCUGAUCAACAGGGCCAAGAAGGUGAUCGCUCUGGUGAUGGACGUAUUCACGGACGUGGAUCUGCUGUGUGACCUGAUGGAGGCGUCCAACAAGCGGCGAGUCCCCGUCUACAUCCUGCUGGACGAGAAGAACCUCGAGUCCUUCACCGACAUGUGCGCCGCGCUCGACAUCCAGAGCUCGCACAUGAGUAACAUGCGUAUACGCAGCACUUGUGGGGACACGUACUGCACAAAGAGCGGCAAGAAGUUCAGCGGUCAGGUCCUCGAGAAGUUCCUGAUCAUCGACUGUGAAGAGGUCAUCGCAGGGUCAUACAGCUUCACCUGGCUCUCCUCUCAGGUGCACAGCAACAUGGUGAUGCAUUUCUCCGGACGGAUCACGGACAGCUUCGACCGGGAGUUCCGCUGCCUGUACGCCGACUCCCAGAUCAUCGACUGCUUCUUCAAUGUGGAGGAGGAGGGGGGGGUGCCCUACUACCCCUCGUACCAGGCCAUGAUGGCCCCCGGCAUGGGCCUGGUCCCGGGGCUGGAUCUCCUCUCUGACAGCAGACAGCGGGUCUGCUCGGAGAACUCCAGCAGCCAAUCCAGUAACAGCGUGUCGAGUGUGAAGGCUGCGCCCGGCAUGACCUCCAACACGGUCUACAAGGUCAACCAGAGCCACGACAAGAAGGAGUCCAACAACAACCCCCACAUGAGUCCGGAGCGGAGAGGCCAGACCCCGACACCCCAGGGCCACGCCACCCCGGGCCCGCGAGGCUUGUCCAACGGGGGAAGCCAUCAGGACCGCCCCCCGCCGCCGUACGGUCAGCAGAUGGGCAUCGAGUGGAACAAGCCCAACCCGGGGGACGUCCUACGGUCAAACAUCGGCGGGACCUCGUCCAAGUUCCAGGCCUUGGGGUUGUACGAUCACAAACCCAGCAUGUUCCACAGCGCCGGGCUGGCCCCUGGCGCCCCCACCUCAAACUUUCGGACCCAGGCGCCCUCCCCCAUCGCUGACAGUAAGCUCACCCCCAAGCAGAGGACUCCCCCAACACAGUUCUUCAACAAACUCUCGGACAUGUUCCUGCCCAACUCCAAGGAGACCUACAACGUCCGGAGGUCGCCGACACCUCUAGACAUCCCGCCCUGGGGGGGGCCGGACCUCUCAAUGAACGAGCCGGAGAGCGAGCAGAGCCCCCCUCCCCCGCCCUCCCCCACCGUGCUAAUGAACCGGCAGGACCAGAAGCGGUUGACGCUGGGACACAGCAAGCUAGACCUGGUGAACCAGUACAACAAGCUGAAAUCCAAACAGGUGUACAGCCGCUUUGAGCUCAAGACCUCCAACUAAACCCUUCGUUCCUCCGGCGCCUCUUCGCCUACCAAUCAGAAGGUCGGUGCUUCAAUCCCCGGCCCUUUGUUUUGUUUCAGGGCGAGAUAUUUACAUCCCAAGUGUGUUUGACUCUUCCUGAUCACCUUGCAUGGAAUGAAUGUGUCAGUGGGUGAAUGAUGACUUGUGAAGAGCGUUAAAUAACUGCAGUCCAUUCCCCAUUACAUCUGCAGAAGAACUCCUUCCCCGUCUUUACAAACACUUCCUCUGUGAUUCUUGAAACCAUAUUGCCUCUUUCAUCCCAAGAGGAACUUUUUACAUGUACAGUAAGGACGAGACUCCACAGAUGAGAGCAGCGCUACAUCACUGCCGGGGCCAAAAUUACAGCCCCGCCCCCUUCUCCGGUGAAACAAAGACUCUCCGACCAGCGGAAAAGAUCGUUCGGUCAUGUAUUGCACGUCGAACAACAACUAAAAAACGUCUCAAUUAGAAAAAAGACGGUUCUUCAGGCCUAGCGUCUUUGGGAACCACUUCAUCACCGCUAACGAGGCUAACGGCAACGUCAAUAAUGGUAAAAGUAAAAAGUAGUGAAUGUAGAAGCUGCAUUGAAAUAUAAAACACUAACACUAAGGAAGCCGCAGUUCCAGUGUUAGCCUGCAGGACGUCCAUCGCCCACUGCGUUUACUUCACGGUAUCGACGCCGACCAUCGAUCGCCGAAAUAAUUGCGUAACUGUUUGCCUGACUGACCAUCGUCCAUCACUCCCAGUAGAUAACACAUUGCCCUGGGGCGUAAACCUCAGAAUCUGUAUUUAGGGGGCGGGGCUAUGACGUAGAUGGAAAGUACCGGAUGUGUUGCUCUCAUGUCUGUGUGGCGCUAGCUUUGUUUACACCGUCGGUCAGUAGGGAUUACCGUGCAUGUAGUUUCUCGAUAGUUGCUACAUGUGUCCUGAAAGAUUUAGCUAAAUUGUAACCGGGGGGGCUUAAGCCGAGGAAUCCUAGUGCUGGGGAGGACUCAACCAUUUUCCUCCUUUUGGAGGGGUGAGAGCUAUUUUAAUUUUAGCUAUGACACUAUCUACUCGAGCAAACACAAACAAACUUUAAUUCCAUGCCUUUCAAGAGCCCUCCCCCCAUCUGGGCCCUGGGUAGUCAGUCCCAUUACGACGCCCCUGGUUGUAACUUGUCAAAUUUGAUGGCAGACUAAGAGCGGAUCGCCCUCCGUUUCACCGUUUUCAUUGGAGCCUUCCUCUGCCUUUCCCUCUCAUACACUCCAGGGAUUAAGAGAGGACUUUCCACACCGUCAUAAACAAUCGGCGACACCAGAGCUGCUUUAACCAACAUCUUAAAGUCUGCAAUUUGAAUAGAACGUGCAGAACCGAGUUCUCGAAAACCCAGAAAUAACUGCUGCUGCUUUGUGUGAACCUCAACUGGGAGUCAUGGGAUUCCUCCAUAGGAUUUUGGAAAAUAGCUGGAAAUAAGGUCUGUGGUUGACAGAAGAUCAAGAGAUGGAUCACGUUGUUCUACCAAAAACGAUGGUUGCUGAAUAUGACUACAGAAAUUGCGAGGACGUUGAACGUCAUUACGCCGAACACCUAAACACCCCCGCUAAGUUUGGUUCCCCUGUUCUGCUUGAAGUACUUCUAGGUAAACUCAGUGUGGCUGAAAGGAAAAGCUUUGUUAAAAUAUGCAAGCGCGCGAAAGUCAGCUGAAAGGAUGUUCGGUUGGCGUGAGGCUGAAGUCCUGCGGCCCUGCUGUACCCCUCUGUAGCUUGUGUAUAGCAUAACGUUAGCAUUUUGCUUCUGGAGAUUAGAUUUAUGCUUCGUAAAUUAUAAAAGUAGGGUAGAGGUGGAGAUGAUCCGGCUGAACAGACAUUUAUGGCGGUGGUGGCAAAGUGGAUAGGGGCUUGGCCUGGGAACUGGAAGGUCACCAGUUCAAGUCCCCGAAAGACCAAGUGCCACCGUGGUGUCCCUGAGCAAGACACUGGUUACCUACACUGCUCCCCGGGCGCCGUACAUAAUGGCAGCCCACUGCUCCUAACACUAGGAUGGGUCAAAUUUCGUUGUACUUGUACUCUGUGCAAUGACAAUAAAGUUGAAUCUUAUCUUAUUUAUCAAACAGGUUCCUUUUCCACAGAUCUUAUUUUUUACAAUAUUCCAAAACCCUCUGGAGAAAUCCCAGUGCUCUGUUGUCGAGGGAACCCGUGCAGCUUACCUCCGGGUGGGCCUACAGAAAUACAGCAUUCCUGCACCGCUCUGCACGGCCCCCACAUGAAGCCUGGUCAUCGGGCAUCGUUUACCUGCAUCUGAUUGAUUUUGCUAACUCAAAACUCAUGAGGCAACAUACCUCACCCCUGGUGGGGGCCGAGCCCUCCGUAUGUUUGUGCCCCCCUGGUUCAGAUCAUUCCCACAACUCUCCCGUUUUAGAGUUUACUACAUGUGCCUUAAUCAUCAUGCCUUAGGUUUACACUCCCUUUACCCCUCGUCACAAUGAGACUGCAGGACCACGAUGUGAGCUGUGAUUGAUCGGGGACACGACUUCUGGAUGAAAUGUGUUUCUCCACGUUUCAUAGCGUGCAUUUUUUAGUUUACAAGAAACAGCAGAUGUAGAUUUGUACAUAUGAGAUUAGGGUUUGAACUAAUUGUUAUUGAUUUCGUUUAUUUUGUAGUUUUUGUUGUGAUUAUUGUUCAUCACAGCACAACAGGGCUAACUGUUCCUCCUCAGCGUGGAGCCAUCGAUAGCUGACUCUUCCUGGUGUCUCCUGAGCAAUAACGGUGGAUAGCGAUCUGUAGUUUGAACAUUUGUCUUUACUCCCAUCGGCCGUCAAGCAGCGGGCAUCUUUGUCCUCUUUUUGCACGGCUAAUGUACAUUACGCUGUAUAUAAUACACUUCAGGAAUUUGGGUCACUGCUAUAGAAACACUUCUUAAUGAACGUCUUGUUUACACCGUUAUAUUUUUCAUGUACUUUGAGAAUGUGAACUGUUUGUGUUUUUAAAAGUUGUUCUUAAUUUGUAAGAUCGUGGAUUUAAUAAAAAGAAGAGUAAGAUG